CGGAUGAUUGUUCCGAGGCGUGCCGUUUGACGAGUUUUACGCGCAACAGAGGCAGGCCAACGCAACCGUUCCGGCUAUGCUUGUUGUGAUCGGUCCCAAUCUGCCGUGAUGAAGAUGGUGCUAGUGAAUUUAGGCGUCGUGCUGUUGGGCAUGUGCCAUGUCGGAGCAGCGGAAAUGUGGUGCUAUUCAUGCAUUAGCAACCAGCCAGGCUGCAAGGAUGAGGUGAACUGGCUCAUUCACCAUGCCAUCACGUGCCCCCGAGAUGAUGACAAGUGUGUCAAGAUCAUCGAACGCAAAGGCUCGGAGGUAUUGUACACACGGGACUGUCUGUCCAAUCUGGAGGCGUAUCGGCACGACAUCCCGGCAGACACUUACGAGGGCUGCCGGCCUGCAGCCGAGAGCCCAAAGCUGGCUGUCUAUGUUGACAAUAACAUUAAGGAACUCGAGCUGAAACGGGACUACUACACGUCUGUGGAGUACUGCUUCUGCGAGUUCUACUACUGGUGCAACAGUGCACAUGGCAGGAUACCCACAAUGCCCCUCCUGCUGCUGCUACCAUUGGCAUUGUGGCUGGCACGGGACCCGUGAGCUACUCACCACGGUGGCCGCACGCAUCUAGGGCUCAGUAUGCUGCAUCAAUUUGUGCUGAGCUGGCACUCGAGUGGAGCAUCCGGUGACAUGUUUAAUCAUUCCAGUCUUCGUUGAUAUGCAUCUCAGAGAGGUUUGAAUCUCUUAUAAACCAGCAAACAAGCUCUGUAGUGCACCAGGCCAAACUGCAUGUCAUGCAAAUGGACCCGGAGGACACUUGCCAACACCAGGGUAGGCAGGCGAUGGAAACAGCAGGGUCGGUCCGAGCAAAGCGCCCUUUAACUACCUGUUAGAUCGAGAGCUCACACAAAUACACAGCACCGACACAGGAUGUUUCAGCUCACCUUUGGUAUUCCUUGUGCUUCGACAGAAUUCCAUCAGCCCAUGGGGGAGACAAAGCAUCUCUUUUAAAAUAUUUUACCUCGGUCGGUGGCGUGCCUUUUAUUUAUGAUGAGCCACAGCCGAGGCAGGUGAGCAUCUUAGCACCCACUUUGUUACGGGUGCAAAGAGGUAUUACACAAGCACUGCGCUUGAGGAACAGUGGUCAGUUUUCUGCUUGAGUAAGAAAACUGAGCUGCAUCUUUUGUCAGCAGUUGUGCUCUGGCUUCCUGCUUGUCAAGCUGGCACAAUGCUGCUGGUGCAAGCAGUUCUUGCGGAAAGCACAUAUAAGGAAGCCCAGGGUCAGUGCUUGUGAGGCAAACCUCCCGUCUCGCAAUGGCAGCAUUUAGCAGUUACGAUUGCGGCUGCCACAAGGUGGAGCAUGUCCACCAGCCAAUGCCUACUGUAAUGGGCACAGAAACUUGUUAAUGCUUUAAAGCCAUUUACUUUAUGCCACGUGGACAAACUUAAUGUCAUUCAUUUUUGCAUCUGUUCGCCGGAACUCAUUCGACCGAAAAAGGCAUACUCUUCAAUGCCAUACCUUGCGUAGUACAAUAUUAAUUCAAGUAUUGACACAGCCUCUAUCGUGAAAAAAGAAAAAUAAUUUAUACAUAAACUUUAACUGCAACAUUCCUAUCAGACUUGGCAAACUUCCUCAGGUCGCCAUUAUAACUUCGACGCGGCAGGUGCCAGUUUGCUUGUGGGCUUCGGACUCCACAUGCAACAGCUCAAGUUUUAAUGGUUGGUUGCAGCAUUCUAAUAGACCUCAUGCUAACGACGCUAUAGUAUGCUUAUAUUUACAUUUUGCUAUUAGUUGAAGUGGAUUAAACUUGUAAACACAUAUUUAUUUUUUAAUUAGCAUCCCAAGAUUGGCCACUUCAGAAGACACUGUCAUUGACAUCAUCAUGUCAAAUGCCAUUAAAUUUGGACGUGUGGCAGCCUUGUUGAAAAAAAUGUAAUUAAAAAGCUGCAGGGUUAACAGUUGAAUGCCAUUUUUUGUGCCCGUGUGGCACAGGUAUAAGUGCUGCCCUUGGGAGCUGCUGUGGCCCAAGAUGGAAAGCUUGUGCCCAUUGUGUUAUUCUUGAAUGUGCUUCAUGUCAGCUUCAUGGAACUUGUCGAGGCAGGUUGAACAUGCUGUUGCAUUGCCUAUUGACCACCUGUGAAAAAGCUUGCUAUGCAAGUGCAAAUCAUGCAUAGCGAAUUGUGGUUGAGUUUGUGGCUUGUUUGGCCCGUUACUCCAAACUUUACUGCCCCCGCAAGAAUACAUUUAAAAACGAUUCUAUGCUUGUUUUGGAAAACUUUUUUUGGAUACUGUACAGCGUGUGUUCACAUAAGUUUGGCCAGGCAUGUCCGGCGACUGAAAAGUUCUGUUUUGCUGGCCGAGGGCCAUGGUAAAGAGAAAAAAUUUUUGCGAUCAAACUUCCGACGUGCUGUUGCCUCAGCCAGAUUUGGUAUAAAUGCUCAACAAAAACUGCCGAACAUGACCUUGAUUCAUCUCCAAAAAAAUGACCUGCAAGAGAACUCCAAACAAAGACUGGGGAAUCGGUCUGUCCCAUGCUUGGUUGUGGAUGUGCAUAAACUAGCUGUGAGAGGGAAGAAUGGCCGAGUCUACAUGCAGAACGGGGCACUGUAAAUGUAACACCUGUUCCGCUCACCAAGUCUAUGCUUGCCAUUUCGCAAUGUGCAGCCUAGUGUGGCGUUGGUUCACUCAGGUACUAAAAGUUCUGCCUCGCUGAUCAAGUUGCAACCCUGCACUUGACCGAGAAAAUUGUUCAUGAAUCCUAUCCACUCAGUUCUUUAUGAACUGCAUGCAAGAGAUGCGCUUUGAAGCCCCAUAUCUACAGCAAGUCCUCUCAACACCUUGUGACGAUGCACCCAUGCACAGCCUUUGCUUUUGUUUUCACUUCAAGCUUUGUUUAAUCAAUUCCUGCUUUCUGUACCAUCCUGGAGCAUUUUCGUUUCAUAAGUGAAAGGAAGCCAACAAGUACACGCAUGAACCCAUUUUAUGUGGCGGUAGCAUUUAUUCUAUCGCAUUUUUGCAACCAAAGAAAUAAUCUAACAUAUUUUUCCACAUUGUGUUAGUGCUUGUCAAUUCACUUAAAUCGUGAAAUUUUAAAGAGAAUUGGAAUUUGCCUUUUUUUAAAGAGAUUCUUAAUGUGAAGCUAAUUUAGUGACACACUGAAACUUGAGCGCUUGUGGAUUUUUCCUGCCAAUGAAGACAAGUAUAUUUGCCUCUAAUUUUAACGACUUUAAUGACAACAGACUGGCAAAAUUUGAAAUCUGUGCUCUGUAUAGAUGUGGAGAAAGAAGUCUGAGCUUUUGCAAAUAUUAUGCAAUUUUUUUUUUUUUUCUUGUCAGAGUUGUAGCAGUGAUACUCUAUGGCGAUAAGCUGGACUCGGUUAUAUUGACUCGCAGUCUGACAUUAAAUAUUCUUAGAGCCAUAGCCACAACAAUUUUUCUUUAGGAUAUAGCCAAAAUGUGUAUGCGCUUCUGACUGACCUGGCACUUGUGUAUCCUUUUCGUGAAGACAAAACUUCUUUUUUCUCGCAGUACUGACAUUGAUUUCCUUGCCCUCGGCACUGGGGUGGCAGAAUAUAAUUUUUUUAUCAAAAUUAAAAAUGGCCAUCGGAGUGCCACUUAGCGCUGAUUCUACACUUGCAUGAACACAUUUCCUGAAAAAUGCAGGUUGAAGAAAGGGUUGAUAAUAUUGUUUCCUUUGUUCAGCCAAUCGCAAAUUGUGGUGUAGUAAUUUAUCACAGAUGUUACGUUGGCUUAGUAGGUUGACAAGGGUGCACUUUCGUUUCCAUCGUCAUUUCUGCUUUCACGAACAUAAAUGCAAGCUUCCAUUUGUGUCUCAAUGUUGUUACUGUCACCUUCUGGCAUCAUGUACCACCAUGUUUUUUUUAAAAAGAGCCCUGGCCUAGUUAUACUGGUGUAAACUUGGUCUCACACUUUUUAAUAGCCUUACCAAUAUGGCAUAAGUAGGUUUGCAUACAAAUGCACUGCACCAAAUUUGGGUCAGUCAAAAAAAAAUUUUUACCAAACCACGUGCAUUUAUUGGCUUGUCGUUCUUUUUUUGCAUUUCAUGAUUAGAGCUGACCUUGUGAAGGCUGCUGUGCCAAUCUGCAUUUUACUGUGACGCAGGACCUCCCUUCAUUGUUGGUAGGGGUGCGUGGAUACAGUGGAAUCUCGUUGUUACGAUCUUCACGGGAGCUCGAAAAUAAAGCAUAUCAUCUGAAAAUCGUAUUAUCAGGAAAAUAAAAAUAAACAUAUCCCAAUAAACGUAUUAUGCAGAAUCAUACCAACGAGAUUCCACUGUAUUUGAAACUUUUGAAUGAAAUAGUCACAGUUCACAAAUUUAUUAUUCUCUUUUGUCUCUCGCUCUCUCCAUAUAUAUGAAUGCAGAGCAUGUCCGUUCUUGCAAGAGUGCAAUCAUUCAGAUCUGCGGCAGAUAACUUGUGGUUGGUAGCUCAGACACACAUGUGCAGUGCACUGCUCCAUUUGCAGCUAGGAUGUAUCCCUUGAAAUGCAGAAAGUGAAUUGCUGCUCGUCCUUCAAACAGCUCUUCGUUGCCCAUUCUGUUUUGAUGCCCUAGCAUGGUACAUAAAAUGCAAUUUUUACAUACCACUAAAGCUAGAGAGACGUGCGCUCAUUUUGAUGCCCAUUGUAUGCACAUGCUCAAAAUUUGUACCAACUUUAUGAAUGUCCCUCAUGAUGAUCACGUUUCAUACUGUGUUCUUCGUUGAAUACUUGUAUACUGAAGUUUUCUGCAACCAGCUGUGAUGCCCUUACGAGACAUUUGUACAGUUCAAUCUUGAUAUAACAAAGUCUAGUAAAAUCUGCAAUUUGGUUUGUUAUAUUGAAAUUUUGGGAUAAAUGUAAUUCGAUUUUUUAUGCCAUAUUUACAGUCGGCAGGAAAUUUUUUUUUACACGGAAGGGGCUGGCAAUAUUUUCCGAAUUCAGAAUUGAAUGAGUAAAAAAAAAGAAACUGAUUUUGUUGAAUUUGAGAAUCGGUGAGUGCUGAAGAUGCGCAUCGCAUUGGUACCAAGGUUUGGGGUUGGAGUCAUCGCACUUGAACAUUAUACGGAACAUGAUGCAGCUCCGCUUCCAUGUCGUGGGAGCGCCUGUAAUUCAACCCUCUGCGUCUGCGGAAGUUUCCAUUUAUUGUCUCUGUAUUUCAUUGCGACGGCACUAAAAUUUCGUUUUAUUGAAAUUGUGUAUAAGCAUGUUAUAUUGAGGUUAUAAAUACAUAUUGUUCUAUGGUUGAGAAGUUAUAAAAAGUUGAAUACUUUGUUAUAUUGAGGUUUAACUGUAUUAAUUACAGUGCUUAUUAUUUAAUGAUAGCAUUCCCUUGCUGGACCUGCAAUAAGAUUGAUGAGACAACUUUACUAGCUCUUGUUCUUGUUGCUCUUGUUGCUUUUAUGGUGCCCGUGCUUUUUCCUCGGGCCAUUGACUGAAAGUCUUGUUCUAGAUCACUGCCUUGGACUUGUGUGAUCCUUGCUCAUGUCCAAAAGUGCUGGGAAUGUGUGCUGUCAUUUAAUAUCCGUCCAGGCUCCAAGAAGUUUUCAAGAGUGAUGCAUGUGGAGCCAAUUUUUUUUUUUUGUUAAGAAUCUCACGACAGCUUGUGAUCAUUUACUCAAAAACAUGGAAUGAACAACUUUGUACAAAAAUGAAUAAGAUGUCCUGUACACUG